CCACCGCGCUUUAUAUUGUAAUACCUUAAUUACCCCCCAACGUACAACCCUUAACAGCACAAAUUCUGAAACCUUAGAAAAAAGAAAGAGAAGAAAUGUUCAUAAUUUUCAUUUAGAUCCCAAUUCAGAUCUUAGCCCCCAAAAUCUUCCAUUUCACUCAAAUCCCUAAUUCUCUCUCUCUUUCAGAUCCCAAUUCGGACCUUCUUCUUCGUCUUCUUACAGUUGAAUUGAAUCUUUAUAUAUACAUAUAGAUAUAUUUAUAUACAGUGGUGACAAAUUGUAACGGCAAUGGCGUGUAUAAAAGGGGUGAAUAGAUCGGCGUCGGUGGCGCUGGCGCCGGAUGCGCCUUACAUGGCGGCUGGGACCAUGGCUGGGGCUGUGGAUCUAUCGUUUAGCUCAACCGCUAAUCUUGAGAUCUUUAAGCUCGAUUUUCAGACCGAUGAUCGUGAUAUUCCUGUUGUUGGUGAAACACCGAGUUCUGAGAGAUUCAAUCGGUUAUCGUGGUCGAAGCCUACUGAUUCUGGGAGUGAGAAGUUUGGGCUUGGGCUUAUUGCCGGUGGACUUGUGGAUGGGAGCAUUGAUAUCUAUAACCCACUGUCGUUGAUCGGGUCCGAGCCUAGUGAAAGUGCUCUUGUUGGACAUCUCUCAAGGCAUAAGGGGCCUGUUCGUGGUCUUGAAUUUAAUGCAAUGGCACCAAACUUGCUUGCAUCUGGUGCUGAUGAUGGCGAGAUUGUAAUCUGGGAUUUGGCCAACCCUGCAGAACCUUCUCAAUUUCCACCUCUUAAGGGUAAUGGUUCUGCUGCUCAGGAUGAGAUUUCAUUCUUAUCUUGGAAUAGCAAGGUUCAACACAUAUUAGCAUCUACUUCAUAUAAUGGAACAACAGUGGUUUGGGACCUAAAGAAGCAAAAACCUGUGAUUAGCUUCUCCGAUUCAGUUAGACGCCGCUCCUCUGUUUUACAAUGGAAUCCUGAUGUUGCUACUCAGCUUGUUGUUGCAUCAGAUGAGGAUGGUUCACCAGCUUUAAGGCUUUGGGAUAUGCGGAAUAUAAUGUCACCAGUUGCAGAGUUUGUUGGGCACACCAAAGGUGUAAUUGCAAUGUCGUGGUGUCCGAAUGACAGUUCAUAUUUGCUUACUUGUGCAAAGGAUAACCGAACUAUUUGCUGGAACACAGUUACUGCUGAGAUUGUCUGUGAGUUGCCAGCAAGCACCAAUUGGAACUUUGAUGUGCACUGGUAUCCAAAAAUACCUGGAGUUAUAUCAGCAUCUUCAUUUGAUGGAAAGAUUGGAAUUUACAACGUUGAGGGUUGCAGUCGAUAUGGUGCUGGUGACACUGCUUUUGGUGGAGCAGGAUAUCUGAAAGCUCCAAAAUGGUAUAAACGCCCAGCUGGUGUGUCCUUUGGCUUCGGUGGCAAGCUUGUUUCGUUUCAAACUAAGUCGUCAACUGGAGGUGCUUCAUCUGUUUCAGAGGUUUUUGUACACACUGUGGUCACUGAACACAGUUUGGUGAGCCGCUCCUCUGAUUUUGAAGCUGCAAUACAAAAUGGAGAAAAGUCCUUAUUGAGGACUUUGUGCGAGAAGAAACUAGAAGAAUCUGAAUCUGAUGAUGAACGUGAAACAUGGGGUUUGUUAAAAGUUAUGUUUGAAGAUGAUGGAACUGCAAGGACAAAGCUUCUAACUCACCUUGGCUUCAAUGUCCCUGAAGUAGCAAAGCCUGAUGUCCAAGAUGAGCUAUCUAAUGAAGUAAAUGCUAUUGGACUUAAUGAUACCACAGAAGAGACAGCUGGAUUUGAAGGUGGGAAAGAUGUCACCGCUUUCCCUACUGACAAUGGAGAAGACUUUUUCAACAAUCUUCCUAGUCCUAAAGCUGAAACACCAUUGGCUACAUCUGGCGAUAAGUUUGUUGUUGAUGAUACUGUUCCUAGCACUGAUCAGGUGCAGGAAGAGUCAGAUGUAAUGGAGGAGAGUGUUGAUGAUCCAUCAUUUGAUGAAUCUGUUCAACAUGCAUUAGUUGUUGGAGAUUAUAAGGGGGCUGUUGCGAAGUGCAUUUCAGCUAACAAAAUGGCUGAUGCUUUGGUUAUAGCGCAUGCUGGUGGUGAUUCUUUGUGGGAGAGCACACGAGAUCAAUACCUAAAGAUUAGCCGCUCACCUUACCUUAAGGUUGUUUCUGCAAUGGUGAACAAUGACCUUUUGAGUCUCGUAAAUACCAGACCCCUCAAAUUUUGGAAAGAAACUCUUGCUCUUCUUUGUAGUUUUGCAUCAAGAGAGCAAUGGACUAUGCUUUGUGAUGCACUAGCUUCCAAACUGAGUGCUGCUGGUAAUACGCUGGCAGCAACUAUUUGUUACAUAUGUGCUGGAAAUAUUGAUAAGACUGUUGAGAUUUGGUCUAAGAGUUUGUCAACUGAGCAUGAGAAAUCUUAUGUAGACCGUCUUCAGGACUUAAUGGAGAAGACUAUUGUCCUUGCCUUAGCAUCAGGGCAAAAGCGAUUCAGUGCAUCAUUAUGCAAACUUGUAGAGAAGUACGCUGAAAUUUUGGCAAGUCAAGGGCUUCUUAAAACAGCAAUGGAAUACCUAAGAUUGUUUGGGUCUGAUGAAGUGACACCCGAACUUGAGAUCUUAAAAGAACGUAUUGCUCUUUGUGAAUCUGAAAAACAUGUAGAGCAAAGUGCACCAGUGCAACCUGUUGACGUUACACCUUCACAUUACCAGCCUAAUCCUGUCAAUCCUUAUGCUGAGCACAAUGGACAGAAUUCUUCUUCGCUCAGAUAUGUUGCUCCUCCUGCGCAGAAUACUCAAAUGUUUGUCCCCACACAGCUUACACCUCAAGUUCCUAAGGACAACUUUGCUGCAGCACCAGCCUCUAUUCAGUCUAGCAUGAGGACCUUCGUUCCUACAAAUCCUACUAUGCUGAAAAAUGUGGAGCAAUAUCAGCAACCUCAGACAUCUACAUUGGGCUCUCAGUUGUAUCCUAAUCCUAACAAUGCAUAUCAGCCUGUUGCACCUCCUAACACCACUUUUCAGCCCGUGGCACCUCCUAACAACGCUUAUCAGCCUGUUGCACCUCCCAACAAUCUUUAUCAGCCUGCCCCACCUCUUAAUGCUCCUCUUCCACCUCAACCAAAGCCUAAUAUGUCAUUCAGUACGAAUCCCUAUCCUCCUAGGGAAUUUACACCUGGACCUGUUCAAGGGCCCGGUUCAAUGCAACCACCUAGCCCUACUACUAAUACUGCGUCGAUGCAAACUCCUGCUGCUCCUCCAGCUCCACCACCUACAGUACAGACAGCUGUCACCUCGAACGUACCUGCUCACCUAAAACCUGCUGUUGCAACCUUGACGAGACUUUUCAAUGAGACAUCAGAAAUAUUGGGAGGUUCAAGAGCAAAUCCUGGCAAGAAGCGUGAAAUAGAAGACAAUUCAAGGAAGAUAGGCGCCUUAUUUGCCAAACUCAACAAUGCAGACAUUUCUACAAAUGCUGCUGACCAGCUCGUUAAGCUCUGCCAAGCCCUCGACAAUGGCGAUUUCCCCACUGCCCUCCAAAUCCAGGUACUUCUGACCGCAAGCGAAUGGGAUGAGUGCAAUUUCUGGCUAGCUCCUCUCAAGCGCAUGAUUAAGACCAGGCAAAACGUGAGAUAAGGGCAACGAAACCAUAUUUGAUUACUGGCUCGGUUUUGGGGGGAACUCAUAAAUUGGUUAGUCACUGCUUUUGUACAACACAAGAUGGCGUUUUCGUCAUAUCAUUUUUAAAGGAUUUCGAUCCCUUCCCUUCUCUCAAUCCGUUUCCUUUGGUUUGGUUUUUAAUCAACACUACCUUCAAAAGGCAAAUUACUGAGUUUUAAAAAAAGCAGUUAGUGAGGGGCAUUAAAUAGAACACUAUGUUUCAAUUUUAUAUUUGUAGUGUUAAAAGAUAGCCUUUUAAUUUCAAUGUUAAUUUUUUUUUUACUUCUUUUCUUUGGGUUUAAUUUUGUUUUUCCAGCUCAUGUAAUGCUCACUGAGCUCUUACCAUCGUUGUUGGCUUAUGUAGGUUUUUGUAGAAUCAUUGUGGUUUUUUUUUUUUUUUUGAUUUAUAUGAAUACUCAAUAUUUGAAUAACAAACAAGACUUCAAUUUUGUUCA